UGCAUGGCGCGCUGCGAGCGGCUACGCGGCGCGGCCCUGCGCGACGUGCUGGGCCGGACGCAGGGGGUCCUGUUCGACUGCGACGGGGUGCUGUGGAACGGCGAGCGCGCCGUGCCGGGCGCCCCGGAGCUGCUCGAGCGGCUGGCGCGGGCCGGCAAGGCGACGCUGUUCGUGAGCAACAACAGCCGGCGCGCGCGGCCCGAGCUGGCCCUCCGCUUCGCGCGCCUCGGCUUCGGGGGGCUGCGCGCCGAGCAGGUGUUCAGCUCCGCGCUGUGCGCCGCGCGCUUGCUGCGCCAGCGCCUGCUCGGGCCGCCGGGCACGCCGGGCGCCGUGUUCGUGCUGGGCGGCGAGGGGCUCCGCGCCGAGCUGCGCGCCGCGGGGCUGCGCCUGGCGGGGGACCCCCGCGAGGACCCGGCCGCGGCCCCGCGCGUGCGCGCCGUGCUUGUGGGCUACGACGAGCACUUCACCUUCGCCAAGCUGAGUGAGGCGUGUGCUCACCUGCGUGACCCCGACUGCCUCCUCGUGGCCACCGACCGCGACCCGUGGCACCCGCUCAGCGAUGGCAGCCGAACCCCCGGCACCGGGAGCCUGGCUGCUGCAGUGGAGACGGCCUCGGGCCGCCAGGCCCUGGUGGUGGGCAAGCCCAGCCCUUACAUGUUCGAGUGUAUCACCGAGCACUUCAGCGUGGACCCCGCCCGCACGCUUAUGGUGGGAGACCGCCUCGAGACCGACAUCCUCUUCGGCCACCGCUGUGGCAUGACCACCCUGCUCACGCUCACAGGCGUCUCCCGCCUGGAGGAGGCCCAGGCCUACCUGGCGUCCGGCCAGCACGAUCUCGUGCCCCAUUACUAUGUGGAGAGCAUCGCGGACUUGAUGGAGGGGUUGGAGGACUGAGCCCAUGUGACCGGCACUGCAGCCCCAUCCCUCCCCGACCCUGAUCCUGUAGAUGGAGGCAAGAGGCCAAGAGCUGCAGGCUCCUGGGCCCCGUUUUCUGCAGCCUGGUGGGGUUGGGACCCAGGGAAGGUGUUAGGGCCCUCGCAUCCCCUCCCCGUGGUGGCUGGGCACUCUGCUGUUCCGGAAGCUGUCUGCCCCAUCAUCCACCAGUUCGCACUGGCCUGACCCAACCAGGUGGCCUUAUUUCCUCCCCUGUGACCUCCCCUCUUGGAAAUCUGGGCCUUGAUGCUCACUGAAGAUUUCCCCCAACCCUGAGCACUUAACCCCCUACGCCCUCCCAGACUGGGGUGAGGGGGGCGGGGUUUGCCUCUAGAGCUGUACCUGCCCCUCCAGCGGCCUUGGGUUCCUGUCGACCAAUCAGAGGCCUAGGUAACCAACCUGCGCCCUGAAUGGACCAAUCAGAAGGCUAAGUGAGAGUGACUCAUCGAUGCGUCUGUCCUGAAGGGUUUCAUUGGGAACCCAAGUGACAAUGACCCUUUGAUGUUCUGGAGCCCGAGCGGACCAGUCAGAAGGCUAAGUGACAAUGCGCCUUUCAUGUCCCUGGUCCUGAGUUAGGCCAAGCAGAACACCAGGUAAUAAUGACUCGUUGGUCUCUUAGAUCCUGAAGAGAACCAUCCAGAAACGGAGACACCGUGGUCCCUUGACGAUCUGGAUCUCACUGGACCAGCUAUGGGUCCAGGUGUCCGUCUGUAAGGGUCCAAGGGCUGAAGACACCCCUCCGCAAAGGCGGUGAUCCUGGGGUCCGCACAGUGGCUCUGUGGGGGUCUGUAAUGGAGUGCCCCGCCCUUCCCUGAUGAUGGUACCGGUCCAGCGUAGACGCUGGCCACGGCUCCAGAGGGCGGGGCUUUCGUGUCCCUCCCUGUGCCAUCUGUGUUUGCUGUGCCAUCUGCCCCUAAUGCCCACCCCCCUAUUUAUUUAUUUAUUUGUUUGUUUGUUUAUUAUCGUGUGCCAGUGAUGGUGGGAGUGGGGGCUGGGCCUUCCCACCGCUUCCACCCCUGUUGUAACCCGUCCUCCCGUACUUAAUAAAGUGCGAGCGGAAUGUC